AUGACUAGUAAGUACCUCAAUUUAAGGUUCAAAUUUGGGGGUAUGUUGGUGAGUGAGGUAGGUCCAGUAUAUGUUGGGGGUAGGACUGCAUAUGUAGACAAUGUGGAUGAAGAUCAUUUAUCAAUUCCUGAACUUGCAGAUUAUGCUAAGUCUUUUGGGAUUAGUAAGUUAGGAAAAACAUAUGCAGCUCCAUCUCUAGGGGGUGAUUUGGUGGAAUUGAAAAAUGACAUGGACAUUUGUAGCAUGGCAUUAUUUAUGCAUGAUGGGGACACAAUAGAUAUUUAUGUGUGUGAUAACACUAUUCUGGAUGAUGUGGGUCCCAGUGAAGGUCAAAUUAGUCAAUCUUUAAGUCAAGUGGUUGAGUCUUUUAAUUCACAUGGGGAAUCUCUAACUGCACAACCAAAAAAAUCAGAUCUAGGUUUAGGUUCCUCUUCUUCCUUUCCAGCUACUGAAAGACUUGAAAAUGAUGGGAUUGCAAGGGUCGAACAAGAAUGCCAACAAGAAAUUGAGCCAACUAUCCAACAAGGAACUGAACCUUCUAUUCAACAAGAAGUUGAGCCAAUUACCCAAGAAAAUGCAGAGGAAGACAUAGACAGUGAUUCUGUCUGUUCUGACCAGUCUAUUGACUAUGGUAGUGAUGUGCAUGAGGAGUUGAGAAUUGUUAAGGAAGAUGUAAGAAAACUUAGAGAAAGGUAUGAGGAUAUUGAAAAAGGGAAAAAGAAUUUCAAGGGUAAGCUAACAGAGGAUGAGCCAUACUAUGACAGUUCUGACUGUGAUAGUUUUCAAAGUGAUGAAGAAGAACUUGUUUCUGAUGAUGAAUGUGGUUUGAUAUUUGAAAGUGUAAAGCAAUUUAGCGAGGCAGUUACAAAAUAUGCUAUAAAAAAAGGAGUUGAGUUAGAUAAGUAUGUGAAUGAGAGUACUAGAGUGAGAGUGAAGUGUAAAAGUGGUUGUCCAUGGCUGUUGUAUGCAAACAAGGAAGGAAGGAGUGAGAACUUUACUAUCAAGACAUACAAUCCAAGGCACAAAUGUACCAGGACAACCAAUAAUAUUUUGUGUAAUGCAAAGUUCUUAUGCAAGUAUCUGAAAGAUAGGAUUAUUUCUCAACCUAGUAUAAAAGGGUGGGAGAUACAAGAAUUGGUGAGGAAAGAGUUGAAUGUUCAUGUAGGCAAGGCAGUUUGUUUAAAAACAAGAAAAAUUAUUUUAAAGGAAAUUAUGGGAGAUCAUGUGGCAGAAUAUAACAGAAUCCUAGACUACAAGGAUAUGUUACUCCAAACAAAUCCUGGUAUCACUUGUGUUGUGAAGCUUAAAGAUUCAGAAUCAGGAAGUGGGAUGAAACAAUUUCACUCUUUUUAUAUUUGUUUUGAUGCUAUGAAAAAGGGUUUUCAACAAGGAUGCAGAAGAUGUAUAGGGCUAGAUGGGUGUUUUCUAAAGGAAAUUUGCAGGGGUCAACUUUUGGUAGCUGUUGCUAAAGAUGCAAACAACCAAAUGUAUCCAAUAGCAUGGGCAGUCAUUGAUACUGAAAGCAAGUUGACAUGGAAAUGGUUCAUGACCAUUCUGAAAGAUGAUCUUAAUCUAGGAAAUGGUUCCCAGCUAACUAUCAUUAGUGAUAUGCAAAAGGGACUAAUAGCUGCUGUAGAUGAACUAUUUCCAGAAUGUGAGCACAGAAUGUGUGCUAGACACAUAUUAGCAAAUUGGUCACAAAACUUCAGAGGCUUAGAGAGAAGAAAGAAAUUUUGGGCUUGUGCUAGAUCAACAUUUGAGGCACAAUUUAAGUACAAUAUAAAUGCCCUGUCCAAGCUGGGAAUAGGUAUUGUUGAAUCCCUUAUCAAAUACAACAAGGAGACAUGGUGUAAAGCUUUUAUUCAAACAUUUUCAAAGUGUGAUAGCAUAGAUAACAACAUGGCAGAGAGUUUCAAUUCUUGGAUCUUGGGACCUAGGAACAAGACCAUUGUAACUAUGUUGGAAGAAAUUAGAGUUAAGGUGAUGAGUAGAGUAAGUAAGUCAAGAGCAUUUGCUGAAACAUGGACAGAUGGAAUAUCUCCAAUGGCAAUGAUUGUAUUCAAUACAAAUGUAACAAGAUCAAUGCAGUGCAACAUUGAAUGGAAUGGUGAUGUUGGAUUUGAAGUGUUAGAAGGGGUAUACAAGCAUACUGUGAACUUGGGUCAACAAAAAUGUAGUUGCAGAUCAUGGGAAUUAAAAGGUAUCCCAUGUGCACAUGGUAUAGCAGCAAUGAACCACUUGAACAUGGAUGCAUCACAAGCAAUAUCUAGUUGGUAUAGAAAAGACACAUAUAUGAAGACAUAUUCUCAUUUCAUUCAACCAGUCCCAAACAUGGAAAUGUGGCCUGAAAGUAGAAACCCAAUGGUUGAACCACCUGAGGCAAGACAAAUGCCUGGUAGGCCACCAAAGAACAGAAGAAGAGAAAUUGGUGAAGUGAGAAAAGCUGGAAAGACCAAAUCAUAA